AUGAUCAUCCUGAAAGAGCGCGACGUGCACUCCUUGCUCUCCGACCUCUCGGCGACGGAAUGUCACCGGCUCCUUACCAGCCUCCACGACGUUCUCCGUGCUUACUCCAGCACCAAAGACGCUGCAUUGUCUGAACAAACUCUCCAUCAGCCGGAGCGGGAGUCAAUUGUCACCAGACUCGGGAACACGUCUCUCUUUAUGCCAUCUUCUAUCACGACCUCGACAGGGAUCAAGAUCGUCACAAUCAGUCCCGGCGGGUUAAAAGGCUGUAUCAACGUGUUUGCGCCAGAGGGAGACUUGCUUGGCCUCUUAAAUGCCGAAGAGGUCACGGCAUUUCGGACGGCGUUGGCCGUCAUGAUCCCGUAUGUGAGAUGGCCCAAGCCCAAGAAGAAUAUCGUUGUGUUCGGUGCCGGACGACAGGCAGAAUGGCACGUCAAGCUUGCUCUGCUGCUCAGCGACGUGAAGUCUAUCACCGUCGUGAACAGGGGAACUGGUCGGCGAAUGGAACAGCUGUUCGCGGAUUUGGGUCACCGGUACCCUGAAGUCAUGUUUGAGUUACUUCUCAGGACAUCGGAUGAUUUCGAUUCGCGAUUGCGCCCACUUCUCGCAGCUUCGGACGUCAUUUUCUGCUGCACUCCAGCAACGACACCGCAUUUUCCAUCCAGCUAUCUAGGCACGGAAGCACGUUUCAUCUCGCUGAUAGGUUCCUACAAGCCAUCGAUGCAGGAGGUGGACUCUGCCACGCUUCUGUCAGGGGACUGCAUAUAUGUUGAUACGAGAGAAGGAUGUCUCGCUGAAGCCGGAGAAUUGAUUAAUGCGAACGUCCGUGGAGAGCAGCUCGUCGAGAUAGGGCAGCUCCGGGGGGUCGACUCGUUUACGACAAACAGGAGCCUCAUCUUCAAAUGUGUCGGCAUGGGGAUCAUGGACCUUGUCAUGGCCGGCGAAUUGCUCAACAUGGCCCAGGAGAAAGGGCUAGGUGUGGUAAUAAACGACUUCUGA